AUGGUCGAAGUCCGCAGAUUCCGUUUACUUGGUCUUGUCCUGGCCCUGGGGUCCUCCCUGAGGACCGCCGCUGCACGGAACUACUCCAGUUCAGACGACCUCUUACCUCUCUACUCAGUAUUCGAUGAUCGCCCACCAGAGUGUCCUCCGUGUUUCAACUGCCAGCUCGACGCCUUCCAAUGCACGCAGUUCGCUCCCUGCAACAAGUAUACCGGCAAAUGUUUAUGCCCACCCGGUUUUGGUGGUGAUGACUGUUCCACUCCCACCUGCGGUUCCCUCGCGGACGGAGUCAACCGGGCACCACGACAGGACAAAUACUGCAAGUGUAAGGAUGGCUGGGAUGGCAUCAACUGCAAUGUCUGCAGGACGGACGAUGCCUGUAAUGCGAUGAUGCCUGACGGCGAAGGAGGUGUCUGCUACACCCAGGGCCUCGUCGUCAAAGAGAACCAUCAAAUGUGCGAUGUUACCAAUAGGAAGAUCUUGGAUCAACUCAAGGAUCGGAAGCCCCAGGUCACCUUUUCCUGCGAGGCAACCGAUAAGACUUGCAACUUUCAAUUUUGGGUCGACCAGGUGGAGUCGUUCUACUGCGCUCUCGAUACGUGUGACUGGGGGAUGGAAACCGACUAUGACCACAAUUCCACGCAUUAUAGAUGCGAGAAUGUCCGCUGUAAAUGUAUCCCGGGACGAAUGCUUUGCGGCGAGGCAGGCUCGAUCGAUAUCGGAGAGUUUUUGGAGGAGUCCAUCAAGGGCCCUGCAACAUUCUCGACUCUCUCCACAGUCGGUGGCAGCAGUGAAGACGGCAGCAAGUUCCAGGAACCAGCAAUGAAUGACCUGAUCAAAAGUGUCUUUGGCGACCAGAGCAUCACCUUGAACUGUUUCUCUGGGGAGUGUCUCUACAAAACCGAUGUUCCCGGCUACCAGCGUCCAGUGAAGAAAAUUAACACGCCGCUCAUCGCUGGAGUCAUCGCUGGCUGUGCUCUGUUUGUCGUGGCAGUGAUUCUCGGAGUCUGGUAUCUCUCCAGGCGGGCCGCCUACCGAGGUUAUUCAGCUAUCCGUCUCCCUGACGAUUCCGACGAUGAAGCCGACAAGCUUUUGACGGACCACAAACCGGCCGCCUUGCAUUUCGAGAACGUAUCCUAUUAUCUCAAUGGCAAGGAGAUUCUGUCGGGCAUCCAAGGUGCCGCUCCUCCUGGCGAAAUCACGGCCAUCAUGGGAGCGUCUGGUGCAGGAAAGACCACAUUCCUUGACAUACUGGCUCGCAAGAAUAAACGUGGAGUUGUCCAGGGUGACUUUUACGUGAACGGCGAAAAGAUCAGCGACAGUGAUUUCAAGAGCAUGGUCGGGUUUGUGGAUCAGGAAGAUACGAUGCUUCCGACGUUGACCGUCCAUGAGACGAUCUUGACGAGCGCCUUGCUCAGAUUGCCGAAAGAUAUGAGUCGCUUCGCGAAGGAGCAGAGGGUGUUUGAAGUUGAGAAGCAGCUUGGAAUCUACCACAUCAAGGACCAGUUGAUUGGGUCCGAGGAAGGCAAGGGCCGUGGAAUUUCUGGCGGAGAGAAGAGACGAGUCGGGAUCGCUUGCGAGCUGGUCACCAGUCCAAGCAUCCUUUUCCUGGAUGAGCCCACCAGCGGGUUGGAUGCUUAUAAUGCAUUCAAUGUUAUCGAAUGCCUGGUGACCUUGGCAAAAACGUAUAAUCGUACUGUGAUCUUCACCAUCCACCAGCCGCGCUCGAACAUUGUUGCCUUGUUUGAUCGCCUGAUUCUGCUGGCAAAGGGCAAAACCGUUUACUCUGGUCCCUUCUCAACUUGCCAGCAGUACUUCGACCAUAUCGGCUAUCCGUGCCCUCCCGGCUUCAACAUUGCCGACUUCCUCGUGGAUCUGACCAUGCAUGCCAGUGCUGCCCGAUCACCUCUUGAUGAAGAGCCUCUGGGAUUGGAUGUGCACACAGACCAUCUGAAGACAGCGUCCAGCAGCCUGCGAGCUGUCAAGUCUAUCACGAGCGCCUCGAACGCCAGCUUCGAGGAUCCUCCUAAGACACCCCAAGACGGCUCAAAUCGACCGAGAAGUAAACGACGACAGUCCCUGAAGCAACGUCAAGACAAGCAACUCUACACCCGGAGGAAGGCAGAUGCGGAGGCUCCUCCCACACCUAAGACGGACGAAGAGGAGGCGGAUGUGGCAUCGGUUGACAAUUCGCAACAGUGGCUACGCCUUUCGUCACGUCCGCAGAGCUCUGUUCCUCCCCAGAUACCCGAUGAUCCUGACCAUCUUCCGCCGCCGGCUUCGGGCACUACAGAUCUUGAUGCGCUUGUGGCUAGCUACGCGGCCUCUGACGUUGCCAGCUCUGUCCACGAGGAGAUUGUUGCCGCCGUGCAGAACGCUGCAGCUGCAAAUGGAACCCCGAAUGCAGACGUCCUGUCUGGACAGGUGCCGUCGCACCAGGGGAAGGGCUAUGCCCGGAUUGGCCUGCUUCGGCAGUUCGUCAUUCUCUCCCAGCGGACAUGGCGCAAUCUGUAUCGGAACCCUAUGCUCAUGCUCACGCAUUACGCAAUAUCUAUCCUGCUUGCCGUGUUGUGUGGCUAUCUCUUCUAUGGGCUUACGGACGACAUCAAGGGUUUCCAAAACCGUUUGGGUCUCUUCUUCUUCAUCCUCGCUCUCUUUGGGUUCAGUACCCUGACCAGCUUGACGGUCUUUUCGUCGGAAAGAUUGCUGUUUCUCCGGGAGCGGGCCAAUGGGUACUACUCUCCACUGGCCUAUUUUGCUGCCAAGGUCAUUUUCGAUAUCGUGCCGCUCAGGCUGAUUCCUCCCAUUAUCAUGGGCGUGAUUGUGUAUCCGAUGACCGGCUUGAUCCCAGCGUGGCCGGAGUUUUUGAGGUUCCUUCUAAUCCUGGUCCUCUUCAACCUGGCCGCCGCGGGUAUCUGUCUCUUCAUCGGUAUCGUAUUCCGGGAUGGCGGUGUGGCAAACCUCAUUGGCAGCCUGGUGAUGCUCUUCAGCCUGUUGUUUGCCGGUCUGCUUCUCAACCACGAUGCCAUUCCCAAAGGGGCACUAUGGUUGCAAACACUAUCAAUUUUCCAUUACGGAUUCGAGGCACUUAUUGUAAACGAAGUGACCUAUCUUACGCUAAUCGACCACAAGUAUGGUCUGGACAUCGAGGUUCCCGGCGCUUCAAUCUUGAGCGCCUUUGGCUUUGACACACUAGCCCUAUGGUCGGAUGUGAUCGGGCUAGGCAUUAUCUCAGGAGUGUUCAUCGUCAUCGCAUAUGUUGCGAUGCAUUUUCUGCUGGUCGAGAAGAGGUGA